GAGUGCCCAAAGGAAGGACUGAGAGCACGUAGGGAGAAAUGCCAUCUGAAAACAUGAUGACAACACAGAAAAACACAGAAUUAGGGUGUAGUUCCCUCACGAUUCUCGGAUGUGGUUCGUGGCUUCCAUUUAUUUCUGCAGCACUUCCUCUUCCUCCCCCCGUGAGCCCCAGGCUCAAGUCAGACCGAUGGAGAGAGCAGCACGGAGCAACCAGACAGCGCGUCCCGCUCCCGGGCAGCCCAGCUCAGAGCCCUCAGCACCCCCUGGACCGCACUGACAUGAUUGCCCCCCGCCUCGUGAUCUUCCUCACCACCGUGCAUCUCGUGCCCUGCCAGAUGGUCUCCAAGGAAGCCGCAGUCCCUGCCCCGACCCUCUGGGUGCUGCAGGGACAGAAGGAAUAUUUCUUCGGAGAUGUUGUCACGCUGGUGUGCACCACUCCCCGCAACAUCACUGGGAGGCUGAUGUACCAAAUUUUUGGCGACGGUGGCUGGGCAAAUUCAGGAUUUAGCUCGACGAAUAACUACACGUUUGAGUUCGUCCUCUCCCGAAUGCAAAACAGGGGGCCACAUCUCUGCAGAUAUUCCAUCGGGCAAGGUCCGAAGCAGCUCACAUCCCCAACCAGUGCAGAACUGGUGAUCAAGAUUGGAGACCACCCUCCCCAGCCCCUGCUGAUGGUGGAGUCCCCGCAGGGAGAGGUGAUGGCAGGAGAACUCCUAAGCAUCAUCUGUAAGGCCCCUGGAAAUGUCACCAUACGGAGGUUUCACUUCUACAGGGAUGGCCAAGAGGUCCUCCCUGUGGCAGAAGGCUCCGAGGACAAUGCAGCAGAUCAUGGGGGCAGUUUAAGGACUUCCAUGGUCCUGCAAUUCCCACGUGCUGGUCCCCAACACAAUGGAAACUUUACCUGCAAGUAUGAGGAAAAAAAGCCUGAGAGGUGGAUCCCCUCCUUCACAAGCCAAGCCGUGUCUAUCAGUGUAAAUCCCCCAAAGAAAGGCAAGAGCUGCUUCUUUCUUCUGCGGCUCCUGGUUGUGGGUGGCUGCUUCCUCACCAUCAACAGCCUCAUCCUCCUCUUCUUCUGGGCCCGGGGGAGAAGCAAAGAUGCUUCGUUUCUGUGUGGAGCCAGCCCUGCUGGGAUCUCCCAGCUGGAUGCCAGAUCCCCAUACACCCUUCAGGAGGAUAAUAAGUACGAGGAACACUAAGGAGAGGAAGGUGCUGUGAGCGAUUCCACCCCCUAAAGACUGCUCCCUGCUGAAGACAUCCCAAAAGACUGGUGUGCAGCCAAACGAGUGCUCAGCUGUGGGAAAAGAAAGCAAGAAUCGGUUCCUGGGAGGACGAAAGAAGUAGAAAAGGGACAUUUCACGUGGUAAAGGGGAGGGAGGAGACACCGACGUUGUUGGGAAGGGUGGUUGUGAAAGAGAAAAUGAAGGAAGACCAGGAAUAAAAAUGGAAAUUGUGAGAAAAAAAAAAAAAAGAGUGAUAAAGGGUGAGAAAAGAAAUGGAGAGAAAAAAUGAAAUGGAGUGAAAAAAUGAAAGCAUGGACAGAGGCUGAGACAGAGUGAGAGAGGGAUGGGGAAGAAAAGGGAUGCCAGGAGCAUCCAGGAGGGCACAACAGUGGGAAGAGCAGGUUGGAGAGGCGAAGGAGAAGAAAAAA